GUUCGUGGCUCCUGUUAUGGAUGGGGUGGGGCACACCGUUACGCGACCACCACGGCAGUCGACUCGCGGUCUCGAUCAGCGUUCAGUCAGCGAUGGAGUACGCGCUUGCCCUGACCGGUUAUCUGUGGCUGCUCGCCGGGACGCUCGGUCUCAUCGCGGGCUAUCUGUUCGUUUGGAGGCGCUACACCUUCUGGAAGCGGCACAAUGUGCCGUACGCCGAACCGGAGCUACCGUACGGGAACUUUAAGGAGUUGGGCAAAACGCUCCAUCCGGCCCACCUGAGUCAACGGUUCUACGAGCGGUACAAGGAUCUGCCCGGUAGCCCCGGUUUCGUCGGUUUGUACAUCUUCCUCAAUCCGGUCCUGAUGGUGACGAAUUUGCGGCUCGCGAAACGGAUUCUCAUCGAGGAUUUUCACUAUUUCCCCGAUCGGGGUGUGUACUUUAACGAGAAAGAUGACCCACUGUCGGCGCACCUGUUUUCCCUCGAGGGUGCCAAGUGGCGAGACUUGCGAGCGAAGAUAACGCCCACCUUCACAAGUGGUCGCAUGAAGGCCGCCUUCCCGAUGGUACUCGCGAUCGCUCAGCAGUUCUGUGAUCAUCUGUCGGAAGGUGUGCGCAGUGAUGGUGCAGUGUUGGAAAUUCGUGAUCUGAUGGCCCGCUUCACCACGGACGUGAUCGGUUCGUACGCGUUCGGGCUCGAUUGCAACAGUUUCCGGGAGCCGGAGAACGAGUUCCGGCGUAUCGGGCGGAAGCACUUCGACACACCGCGCAACCAUCCACUGAAGGUGUUCAUCAUGAAAACGUUCCGCGGGCUCGCGAACGCGCUCGGCAUGAAGCAGAUCCACGACGAUGUGGCCGAGUUCUUUAGCGGGAUCAUCCGCGAGACGAUCGCACACCGGGAGCGGAGUGGCGAGAGCCGGCAGGACUUUCUGGAGCUGCUGAUAAGACUGAAAAACACCGGCAUGCUCGACGGUGCCAGUGAGAUAGUGGGCCGGCUAACGUUCGAGGAGAUUGCAGCGCAAGCGUUCAUUUUCUUCACUGCCGGCUUCGAGACGUCAUCUGGGGCGAUGACCUAUACGCUGUACGAGCUCGCACUGAAUGAGGAGGUUCAGCAGCGGGCACGCGACUGCGUACUGACCGAGCUCGACCGUCACGACGGUGAACUGACGUACGAUUCGUUCAAGAACAUGCUCUACUUGGAUCAGUGCAUCUAUGAAACACUGCGUAAGUAUCCACCGGUGGCCAUUUUGGAGCGCAUCGUAUCGAAACCGUACCGAAUGCCGGACACCGGCAUUGUGCUGCCCGUUGGGAUGAAGAUCAUGAUACCGGCGUACGCCAUCCAUCACGAUCCCGCUCUCUAUCCCGAGCCGGCCAGCUACCGGCCGGAACGGUUCACCCCGGAACAGAUGGCAAAACGGGAUUCGUGUGCGUUCCUGCCGUUCGGUGAGGGCCCACGGAUCUGCAUUGGACUGCGCUUCGGUAUGAUGCAGGCACGCAUCGGACUGGCCUUGCUGUUGCGACACUUCCGGGUAAUGGUGUGCGACAAAACGGAGGUACCGCUUUCCUUCUCCACGACGGCAUUCGUCUUGAUGCCCGAGAAAGGCGUUUGGUUGCGAUUGGAGCGAUACGAAUGAGAUGGUAGGCAAGAACUGACUUUCGAUUAGUAGAACUUAUUUCAGGGAUCGUUAUGAAAUGCUCAAAUCUAUUCUCAAAUUUUUAAACGAAAUUUCAGUUGAUUUACUAAAAUAUUCUGUUUUUUCUACUUAAGCGUUUAUGUAUCGAGAUGCAACAUUUUUCAAAAGGUUUCCUUAAAUGAAAAUCAACAUAAAAUAA